AUGUUAUGCUAUGCACAGUCUGCCACAAGCCGGGACAAAAGAAUCAGUACAGGCUCCAUGUCCAGCAAUCAUUCAGCACCUACUGAGCAAAUGGACCUGUGGCAGAGAGAAGCACAUAUUUUCAAAGGCUUAAAGUGUCAGAUGAAGAGCUCUAAAGAAGAGUCCUCAGUUGCAUCUGUACCACACUGCAAAGACUGUAUGACCUCAAAUGAAGGUAUAUAUCCUGUUGGUCUCAUGUGUGGCCAAAAAGAGACCAUAGCGAGGACAGCAGCCCCAACAAGUACACCUUUCAAGGUUGCAGAGGGGGUUUCCACCCAAGACCUUGGUGAGGAACCUCAAAAAUUAGGUAGGGGAAAAUCCAAGGAUCAACCAACCAAAGAACAUCUUUGUUUGGACAAAUUGGAUGUCACGAGGGAAGAUGGCAAACAUUUUCUCAAAGACGUAAGGAAUUCUGAGCUUUUCCCCUCACCUGACUCUGACAACUUCUUAUUUUUGGAGGUCCCUACUGUCAAACCUGGUGUAAGCCCAACUGACUGCCUUACACAUCUAGAAGAAAUGAACAAUGACUCACCUGAAAACCAUAACUCAUCAGGCUUAACGUUCAAUGAUAGAAAUAAUAACCAGGAACAAUCUACUGAACGUAAAUCCAGACUUGAUCAUAACAAAAGACAACAGGACAUAAUAUCAAUCAUGAAGGUGGAGCCAGAGACAAAUGAUGCUGGCACAUCUAUUCAGCAUACUGCAACAAAAUUCCUGAGCUGCAUGAAUGAAGCGAGGCACCGCAGCUUUUCCAUGGAGAUUCAUCAUUGCAGGGACCAGACAAGUCAAGCUGGAAGUCACACAGAAUCACCACUAAGGAAACCCCAAUCUCAGCUCUGUGAUUCUGCAAGGAAAGCUUUUAUUUUGCGUAGCAAAAGUGCAGAUGGAGGAAGAGACCAGGCCAGGCACAUUCAUUCUCCUCUCCAGCAAAAGCUAAUGAAAGGUCUAAGGUCCAAAGGACAGUCAAGUACAAAUGCUUCGGCACAAAACAUUCCUAGUAAAAGGACAAAUCUCAAUAAAAUGCAUGACAUAACCUCAUCAUCCAAAGAUGAGAAAGAGGAGACUGUUACAGUUCAACAAGUCUCCAAGUCUCUUGAGAUUGUUCAGCAGAGCUCACCUCUUGCAUCUCCAGUGAAACAUUCAAAGAUACUCAAGUCUCAAGGAAUCAACUCAAACAGUCCAAAUAAAUCAUCAUUGCAAAUCACUAGACUCUCAAGUACUGACUCUGUAGAGGAGAGUAUGUAUGACAACUUACCCUGCUCACCCCGAAAACAGCGACGCCAAGAAAAGUGGUGUGAUAUUUACAAAGAAGACCUUAGGUCUCCAUCUCCACCACCACCUCCAGGUAGAACUACAUCUCUACUCUUUAAGCCCAACUCUGGCAGUUUACCCAAAGAGCUCAAAUUGCCCAAUCAAGCUCAGAACUCUGCAUCAGGGAAUGCAGCAUCAUCAUCGGCCAACACCCAAUCAAAAGAGUGCGCUCCUGUUUCACUGACAAAGCAAUCCAACAUGAUAAAGGACCAUCAUGAAGCAACAUCACCAAUUGGUGCUGAAUGUAAGGACAUCUCUGACAAAAUCUACAACAGCCAUUCAUCAAUAUUACCUCUCAUUCCAAAUGAAGAAUCACCAAUCUCAGAGUCAGACCAGUUUUCAGCAAGAGCUAACAAAUGCUUUCAAGAAAAUGGAGCUCCCUCUUUGUUAGCAAGUCAGAAUAUCCUGCAAAGAUCCAAACAGAGUAUUAGUGAACCAAAACUUUCAGAAGUCUUGCCAACAGCAUAUUCUAAUGUUUACUAUUGUGGGAUUGCAAAUAAUCCUCAGAUUUCCACCUCAAGGCAUGUAAAAAGAUCUCCUGUAAGUGCAAAAUCUCAUGAAGCAAUUGCUGGACAAGACACAACUACCAUCCUGCUUUUUGGAAAUCAAAUCAAAGAUGAUACAAAAAGUGCCCAGACCUUCCAGACAUUUAAAUGUGACCCCCAAAUGAUUCAUGAAUGUGUUGCACAGGACAAGCCCCACAGAAAGAUUGAGACCCGCUGCAAUUCUUUGGAUUCUGAACCCGUUCGAGCUGUUCCAUCAGACAGUGGUGUGAUUUUAGAUUGGGGAUUUGAUGAGGAGGGGUGGCUGUUUAAAAGAUCUGUGUCUGUGUCUACAAGACCAAUUUUAAAGCCAGUGAUGGGUAUGAAUGGAGCCAAAGCUCGUAGCCAGAGCUUUGGUGCACGCUACAUGGAGAGACCAAGCUUCAACAGACCUGGAAAGUUGCGAACCCAGAUCAAAACACAAUCAGGAACCUCCUUGAAUUCUCUAGGCGAUGUCCUCCCAGGUAGUAUGAGCUGCUCUAGCAGCUACCAUUUACCAAUGAAUCGCUCCCUUUUAAACAACUUCUUGAUUGAAGAGGGUCUUGAAGUUCCCUCACAUUUAGGGUCCUCAAGUGAAAGACUUCAAAAUCUCAAACUCCAGCGAGAACAGGCAAGGCGACUUCAAAUUGAACAACAGUUUUCUAGCGCCUUUGGGGAGCCAGUGUCUGAGGAACCAGAGAGACAAAGCACUAUAACUACGAUUGAAGAAAAGGUAAUGCUUGGAAUUGAGGAGAACCUGCACAAGUCUCAGGAACAGGAGCGAACCAAUGAAGUGAAGCAAAAGUCUGGUUCAACCCUUGCAAAUUGGUUUGGGUUUCGCAAAAGUAAACUCCCCGCUCCAAGCAGUAAAAAGACUGAUCCACCAAAAAUCAAAGAAGACAAGCGAGAGCAAAAGAUAUCUUCAAUUCUGGGAGGAAAGAAUUCAAAGUCCGAAAAAAAGAAAGAUAGAAGAAAAAGCGAUGGAAAAGACUGCUCUGUGGGGAGAAGAGAGUCCCAUGAUGCAGUACGUGCAUGCAUCUCGAUGCCCUGCCCAGGAAUGUCCCUAAGUGAGAUACAAAGACAUUCCAAUAUCAUAGUGGACCGAAAGAUGCAGUCGGUGAACCGAGGAGCUGAUGAUGAAAAUGGAUCCACAGUGAAAAGCCCCACCCAGGACGCAAUUAGAGGGUCCGGCAGCAAGAUGCGAACAUUGGACAGUGGAAUUGGGACCAUACCUCCCCCAGAAUCCUGCCCCUUCUUCUCCUCCAUUCUGCACUUCCUCCCCAAAUCCUCUUCAACCCCAGAUCAGUCUCUGAGUUCUCACAGUGUCCUUGGUACCUCCAGUGAGGACAUGUCUCCUUCCCCAUUACCCGGGUGGAGGAUACCCUCUAGCUUUAAGGAACACAUCCACACAGGAGUGUCAAAUUCUCUGUCUGACUCCUCUAUGACCCAUAUCCCAUCAGUGCCUUUCCCCACUGUGGCCUUCCUCCAGUCCAUCCAACCCCCAUCUGAACCCAUUAUGACCACUGCCAGUAGGUGUGAUAUGCAGAUCAGGCUACCCAGACCACCUCAAGGUGAAAUGGAAACAAAGAAGUUGACUUAUGUCAAAUCAAAAACAAGAGCCACUCAAAGCCAACAGAAAGAAGAGACAAGACUUCAGCUUGCCAACUUAAAACAGUAA